GGCAACGCUUGGAGAUCAGCGUAGCCAGAAUUUCAAUCAGCGGCAAAUACAUUUUAGUAGUAUCUGUGAAUUUAUUUAUUUAAUUUAAUAUUCACAAUGUCCACUUACUAUUUUGUUAUAGUUGGGCACAAUGACAAUCCCAUAUUCGAAAAAGAGUUCAGCACAGUUAACAAAGAACAGCGCAAGGAGGAUCACAGGCAUCUUAACCAGUUUAUAGCGCAUGCUGCAUUAGAUUUGGUAGAUGAGCACAAAUGGAAAACAGCUAAUAUGCAAUUGAAAAGCAUAGAUCGUUUUAAUCAAUGGUUUGUGUCCGCUUUCAUUACAGCGUCACAGAUACGCUUCAUCAUUGUGCACGACAAUAAAAACGAUGAGGGCAUAAAGAACUUCUUUAAUGAAAUGUACGAUACGUAUAUUAAGCAUUCUAUGAACGCCUUCUACAAAAUUAACACGCCCAUUAAAUCGCUGAUGUUUGAUAAGAAAUCGGAUAUCUUUGGGCGCAAGUAUUUGUUAUCGUAAUAUACUAAUUGUAUUAUAAGCAUUUGUAAUAAAAAUUCAAUUAAAACAAACCAUUCUAAAACACAAAAAAAAUUCGAGUCAAAGAUUUUAUUGUUAAACAAAUUAAAUGAGAAAAAAAGGCCAAAGCAUGGGACAUACUUAGGCACAAAUAUUUCAUUAAUAAUUCAUACCAUACAUUCAUAACACUUGCCGUUUAAUUUUUAUUUAAGUUUUUUAUUUAGAAAAGCAGUUUAACGACAAAAAAAAAGUAUAAACUUUCAGUGGAUUUCUUGAAUUCUCAUUUCGUAUCAAAUCUAAAACGAUUUAACGCUUUACAAUUUUUAAAAUAAUCUAUGGGUGUGUGGUUGAAUGUACGAGGUAUGAAACGAUUUUUAAUUAAAACGGCGAUAUUGUAUGGAACUUUAGCAAUAUCUUGUUGGUUGGUGCUUAAUGCUUUUUGUUCUUUCCAUGGCGCUCAUAUUUAGUUUUGGAAGAGUGCCACAAGAUGAGUGGAAUGGCCAAAGAA